UCUUUUGCAAAGCAAUCUCCAGGCGUCCGGCACUCCCUCUCAGUGUGGAGAGAAACCCCUUGGGGAAGGAUCCGGAGAGAGAUCAGAAAGGUGGUAGUGCUGGGGAAAUGGGGUGGCUGAGAACACUCAGAGGACUGGGAAAGAGGCAGCAGAGCCGCACAACUGCUAUGUGAACAGCACCUCCGCUUCUAAGAGCCUUUUUAAAAAAAGAAAACUGCGUGUACCGCGAGGGGGGAGGUGGGUUGCCAAACCUGGUCUGAACGGCGCUCCUUUCCUCCCGCCUUCCCUCAGCCCGGUGAGCUGGGGGCGCGGUGGCCCCCGCGUCGGGCUGCGCUCAUUGGGAGCCAGAGGAGCUGAGCUCAUGGCCUCGCCCGGCGCCACGGCCGCCCGCCUCGCGCGCCCCAGCUCAGCCCAGCGGCCGCUGCUGCCCGCUUGAGCCGGGAGCCGGCGCACGGGGUCUGCGCGCCCAGGGAACCGAGCUCGGACGCGGGCGGCUGUCGCUGCGCGCACGCCAGGGCCGCGGCCGCAGCUCGGCGUAGGGAUUAUUCGAUGCUCGCCUCGGGACACGCUGAGCUGACCACCGCACGGCCGAGAGGACGGAUUCAGCUGCAUGGGAGGCGAUGAGCGUGGAGGGAAAGCAGCCCCCGCCAGCCCCGCGAGAGCGCCCGGUCAGCCUCCUGGUGCCCACUUGGACUAAAACUGGUAUUGCAUUGUUGUAUGAUGAAGAGUCUGAAAAUGCCUAUGACAUCCGAUUGAAGCUAACAAAAGAGGUACUAACAAUUCAAAAACAAGAUGUCAUCUGUAUUAGUGGAAGCAAUCACAGUGCAAAUCACAGAACUGUUACACUUCGCAGACAACCUGUUGGUGGUUUGGGCCUGAGUAUAAAGGGAGGUGCGGAACACAAGGUUCCUGUUGUCAUAUCAAAAAUAUUCAAAGAUCAAGCAGCUGACCAAACAGGAAUGUUGUUCAUAGGAGAUGCUGUUAUACAGGUGAAUGGCAUUAACGUAGAAAAUGCAACUCAUGAAGAAGUGGUGCAUCUUUUGAGAAACGCUGGCGAUGAAGUUACCAUCACUGUUCAGUAUCUCAGGGACGCGCCAUCAUUUCUGAAGCUCCCAUUAGGAUCUCCAGGGCCAUCCAGUGAUCACAGCAGUGGGGCUUCUUCACCUCUCUUUGACAGUGGAUUGCAUUUAAACGGAAACUCCAGUAACACAGCUCCAUCAUCACCUUCCUCGCCCAUAGCUAAUGAACCAAAAUAUGAGAAGCGCUGGCUCGACAGCUUGUCAGUUCCUCUGUCUAUGGCUCGAAUCUCAAGGUACAAAGCUGGAACAGAAAAAUUAAGGUCGAGUGCUUUUGAGGUCCUGGCCCUGGAUGGAGUCAGCACUGGAAUUCUUCAGUUUUACACAUCCCAGGAGAGUGCUGACUGGCUACGAGCAGUGUCAGCAAACAUUAGUGAUUUGACACUUCAAAAUAUGAAAAUGGCAAAUAAAUGCUGUUCUCCUUGUGAUCAGGUUGUACAUAUGGGGUGGGUAAAUGAGAGACUCCAAGGAACUGACUCCUCUCAAACCUUCAGAUACAAGUUCCUGGCACUGAAAGGUUCAUCCUUCUACAUUUUCAGCACCCCUCCGGUGAGCACAUUAGACUGGGUACGAGCCGAAAAAAUCUAUAACCUCUGUGAGGUAUUAUUUAAAGUUCACAAGUUUUGGCUUACUGAUGACUGCUGGUUGCAAGCAAACUUAUAUCUGGGUCUCCAAGACUUUGAAUUUGAAGACCAGAGGCCAUACUGCUUCAGUGUCAUGGUUGCCUAUGGGAAGAGUCACUUUUUCAAUGUAGAACUUGGAAGUGAGUUAGCCGUAUGGGAGAAGUCAUUCCAAAGAGCUACUUUCAUGGAAGUUCAAAGAACUGGGUCCAAAACAUAUGUAUGCAGCUGGCAAGGAGAAAUGCUGUGUUUCACAGUGGAUUUCGCUUUGGGAUUCACCUGUUUUGACAGUAAGACAAAGAAUGUGCUCUGGAGAUUUAAAUUCUCUCAGCUUAAGGGAUCGUCAGAUGAUGGGAAAACUCGAGUAAAGCUGCUAUUUCAGAAUCUAGACACCAAACAAAUUGAGAUGAAGGAACUUGAAUUUCAGGAUUUGACAGCUGUUCUGCAUUGCAUUCACUCCUUUAUAGCAGCAAAGGUGGCCUCAGUGGAUCCUGUAUUUAUAGAUAGUCAGAGUAUUGCAAGAAAAUAUAUGUAUAGCAACUAAAAAUUGCUUCUGUUGAGCACUGAAAAAUUAAAUUAUUUUCUUAGGAAAUGAAUCUUUCCUGCACAAUAUUGCAAUUUUGUGUGAUUUUAUAAUGAGCCUAUAGUUGUGAUACCAAUAAAAUAUGUCACUAGUUUCCAAAUAUGGGUCAUAGUUGUUAAAUCCGAGAAGUUAGCACAGAGUCUGUGCAAGCAAAAUUAUAGUUGGUAGAAUUCAGAGUUCUGUCACAUAAUAAUUCACAUCACGUCGCCUGUUAUUCCUCAAAAUAAUAUAAAAAGUGAUACCAACUCUGCAGACUCCACUUCCUGCAGUGGUAAAAUCCAGAUUUCAUUUUCCUAAAUAUAUAAUAGAAAAUAUUGAGCACUCCUCACUUUAUUUUCUUCAAGAAAGAAAGGGUUCCUUUGGAUUUGGUUUGUACUCUUUCCCUUUUUCUGAAGGGGCCUGAGGGAAGGUAUUACUUGAAAAAUGAGUGAUAGUAAUAAGUGGAAAAGGAAAUUAAUUAUUUUCCAAAUUCAUAGCUUUUAUUUUGUUUUCCUUGUUUCUCACAUGGUUUAUUACAUCUAAGCAGGGGCACUUUCUUUUUUGUUAUUAAAAGCAAUUUAAUGGCAUCUUUGAACUUUCCUUUAGAAAUGCAGACUAUACAUAGGAAAAGUCAAGAUUGUGUACUCUUUUCUCAAGGCUGCAAGUAAAGGAAGAACGUAAAAUCAUCAGACUGUAAAGAACAGGAAAAUAAUUCUCAGAAAAUACAUGCUUGGUACAGUUUCUAUUGGAAAGCAAAUGGACAGAUAUUAAAGAUCUGGUGUUCCAUGACAUGACUAAGGUUUCAGUACUACUUCCCCAUCACCCACCUACACCUUGUUUAUCUCAUAGUUAGGAGGAAGGAAUUUUAUUUUAUGAUAAAAUAUUUUAUUAAAUGUUAAUAAAAUAUUUUAAUUUAUAAUAUAUCAAGUAUUUAUAGUCGAUUGUUUUUAUGUUUAAAAAUAUAUCCUGCUUUUGGACAAUGUAUAUUAUAUAUGCAUAUAAGAUACUUAUACAUUAUGUAUAAAAUUUAAAUUAACAUUUUAAUAGCAUCCAUAGAAGACUCUAGCAGCAACAGAGCAU